AUGUUUACUACUAAACAAUCCAUCGACAUCACUCCUCCUCCUUCACACACUAACAAUAUUUCUUUUAUUUCAUUACCAUCGGAAUUACUUUGUCAAAUUUUUUCUCAUUUCGAUCACAAUUUAAAACCAUCCUCUUCGUCAUACUUUCCUUCUUCAACGUUUACCAAUCAAAAAAUAAACUUAAAAACCUUACAUUCAUGUUGUCUCGUUAGUCGGCAUUGGUGUAUAAAUGCCAUUCCUCUUCUUUACUCCAACACCUUUAGUCAUUAUCAAUUCAUCAAUACAAAAAAAUUAAUUGAGACUUAUUUAAAAUAUAUUAAAUAUAAUGAAGAUGGAAAUAGAGUGUCAAUCAAAAGAUUUCUAUCCUUAAGCUCAUUAUACACUUUUGAUCAAUCUUCAGAUAUAACUUGCAAUGAUGGUGUCUUAUCAAUACCAAGAUCACCAACUUCUGUCAAUGACAAAGCUUUGGUUUUGGAACUACAACAAGAAAAAUCCAAAAAUUAUUUAAUUAAAAGAUUUUUGAAAUUAUUUUAUGAUAACAAUUCAAUCAUAACUUCACUGAUAAUUGAUACAGAUGAUGAAACAACUUGUUCAUUGGGUGAUGAAGAAUAUCUAUUAUGGUAUAAUAAUGAAGACAAGAAUGACCGUUUAUUAUUUAAAAAUCUUAAAAAUUUAAUUGUUAAAGCGAAUUUUUGUCAAGACAAUUUAUUCUUUAAAUUAAAAGAUGUCUGCAAAAACUUGUUAUACGGUUUCGAAUGUUUCACAGAAUUAAUCCUUCCAUCCUUAAUCUAUCAAUCUCACUCACUUCAAACGUUGAUUCUAGAAUAUUUGGAUUUCAAUGAUUGUAAUAAUGAUUCUCUGACAAGUAUAUUAAAUUGUCGUAAAUUACAAGUAUUAAAAUUUAUUGGUUGUACUAAUCUUAAAAAAGAAACAUUUAAAUGUCUGGAGAAAAGUGCAACAAAUACUAGUAAUAGCAGCGAUUAUUGGAGUGAAUUAAAAGAUGUUUGUGUUACACCCAAUAUGUGUGAAGAAAUGAGAAAUUGGGCAAAAAGAAUUAAAAAUAAUAAUAACAAUAGUAAUUGUAAUAUUAGUAGAAACAAUAGAUCAAUUAAUAGGAUAAUAGAAUUAUCACAAAAUACAAAUUUAAUAAAAGGUGUAAAAUGA